AUAGACGAAGUGGUUCAAAGCAUCGUAUGUUUCCUCCCCUUAUAUCAAAAUCAUAUAAGGGUCUUGAAAAAGGAUGGUUUUACCGUGAUAGGGUAUAUGAGGAAAUCCCCUGGAUCAGAGGCAAAGGAAACCAGGCUUAGCCUUCUACGUAACAUGAGUAUUAAACUCAAAGAAAGGUCGUUGGUGGAUGAGGUAUUUGCUUCUCCCUGCUGUCGUGCGUCUGAUCCCAUCGAAAAAAGGGAUUUUAAAAAUACUGAAGAGAUGAAAGGACUUGAUGUAUCAGGAAAUACUCAAGGUUAG